GCACAAUUCCCUUUGAGAAUAAGAAAUGUAUGCCAAAUCUGAGGCCAGAGACACUGGCAAGCCAUUUGGUCUCCAGUGGAUGGAUUCUAGCUAUCAAGAGACUCUUUUGACAAACUCACCUUGGAUGAAGGUCGAGGAGCUGUUAAAUAAAGGGCUUGCAGACAAAAUUCUGAGACAAAUUGACCAUGCUGAUAGAAGGGAGAUGAUUUUUCAACUGCUUGGACCAGAAUUUGUCCAGAAGCAUUUCUCAGACUAUGAACAAGAUGCUGCAGUUUUGGAUCCACCUGCAAUGUCCAAGCAUGAGAGAGAUAAACUGCAGAAAGAGGCCCAGUCCUGGCUUCAAAAUCAGCUGAAGAAAACAGCCAGCGAGACUCGAUGCCAUAGACCCAGAGCUGGGGAGGAGGCAGAAGAGGAGCCCUGUCCUGAGAUGAUUGAGUUUCUCACACAUACUUACCAGUUGUUCAGCAAAGGCCUGGAGAGGGAGAUGUACCUACAGGAGAAAGAACUCACACAAAAGAAGCUUGAUGACCUUACCCAGAAGAAAGCCCAAGCACCUGCUAAUACCUUGCCAUCCAAAGUCUCCAGCUUGUUUCACCCUCUGAGUGCAAACAGUGAUAGUACAAUUCAUUCAGAGAAGCCAUCUACAUCAAAUAUUAAGGCUAAUCUGCACAAAGUCUCUGGGGAGCCUCCUACCUUCUGGGGACCACAGAGUGACCUGAUGGGCACUGCUCUGAUUGCCACACUGAAGAGAGACCCCCGCAGAUUUGAAGAGGUGUCUCGCAGACUACAUGGCCGUCAGUUGCCUGGUGGACUGCGCUGUUACAUGUGGAUAGAUGUGCUUUUCAGAGCCGAAAGACAGAAAAUGAAGGAUUUGAAUGUUGAGAAGAUUGUGAGAGAACGCUUUGGCAAAGCAGUUGCCAGAGGUGUUGGUGAGCUCCGCAUCAAAAGGGCCACACAUUCCCCAAUCAAUGGACUGAUAGAAAAUGCUGUUAUCGAGAUUUAUGAAACUACACCCAGUAUGAUGCCAUUUAAUUAUGAACUCCACUUGAAGGAAUCUGCCCGCAGUCUGAAUGUACUUUAUGUGUAUGACAGACGAUACGAACCAUAUCUGGUACAUUGGCUGUUUCCAAUGCAGAUUGCAUUUAGAGAGCAAAAUCAUCAAGUAUUAGCAGAACACAUCUACGAACUGGCCAUGUACUUAGAUCUGUUCAGUCAGUCAUGCUUCCCAAAGUGGCCUGAAGUGUUCGCUGUGGCUGAAAAAGUUAUGGACGCUCUGUUGAAUGUAGACGCAGAGCUCCAUGACCACCUGAGGACUGUAGCCUUCAAAAAUGUCAAAGUCAACCCUAAGGAAUUCCUGGUGCAGUUGUUGCAUCUGGAACAAACCAAAGCCAAAGAAUUAGCAGCAGCCACCCCCAGGUCAGGAAAUCAGUCCCAGGCCUCGAAAGACCUGCUUGCAGACCCUUUGAUCUUUUUAAGAAAAUGGAUUGGAGAGGGGUUUGUGAGUGUGUUGGACACCCAGGCAGUGCUGCUGAUCUGGGACCAGUGUUUCAUGCAGGGCUGGGGGAGCUCUGUACUGCAUGACGUCUGCCUGGCUUUGUUGUUACUACUGAAACACAAGUUCAUGGAGGCGACAGACUAUCAUUCUAUGAAAAAGGUAGAGAAAGGAAAAAUGAUAUUAUUAUUCAGGAAUGUUGAGAAGAUUGUGAGAGAACGCUUUGGCAAAGCAGUUGCCAGAGGUGUUGGUGAGCUCCGCAUCAAAAGGGCCACACAUUCCCCAAUCAAUGGACUGAUAGAAAAUGCUGUUAUCGAGAUUUAUGAAACUACACCCAGUAUGAUGCCAUUUAAUUAUGAACUCCACUUGAAGGAAUCUGCCCGCAGUCUGAAUGUACUUUAUGUGUAUGACAGACGAUACGAACCAUAUCUGGUACAUUGGCUGUUUCCAAUGCAGAUUGCAUUUAGAGAGCAAAAUCAUCAAGUAUUAGCAGAACACAUCUACGAACUGGCCAUGUACUUAGAUCUGUUCAGUCAGUCGUGCUUCCCAAAGUGGCCUGAAGUGUUCGCUGUGGCUGAAAAAGUUAUGGACGCUCUGUUGAAUGUAGACGCAGAGCUCCAUGACCACCUGAGGACUGUAGCCUUCAAAAAUGUCAAAGUCAACCCUAAGGAAUUCCUGGUGCAGUUGUUGCAUCUGGAACAAACCAAAGCCAAAGAAUUAGCAGCAGCCACCCCCAGGUCAGGAAAUCAGUCCCAGGCCUCGAAAGACCUGCUUGCAGACCCUUUGAUCUUUUUAAGAAAAUGGAUUGGAGAGGGGUUUGUGAGUGUGUUGGACACCCAGGCAGUGCUGCUGAUCUGGGACCAGUGUUUCAUGCAGGGCUGGGGGAGCUCUGUACUGCAUGACGUCUGCCUGGCUUUGUUGUUACUACUGAAACACAAGUUCAUGGAGGCGACAGACUAUCAUUCUAUGAAAAAGGUAUUUCUGAAAGAGCCCUGCAAGCUGUACACUGUAGACAUUCAGAGAGCCUGGAUCCACCUACAGAAUGGAGGCAAUGCUGAGGAUGUGCCAUACAUGAACAGACAGAGGCCACAGUCUCCUGGUCCAGUGGUCAAGUCUGCCCCCAGCAGAGUGGUCAGGUCCCCCAGCCCCUCCACCACCUCUGUGGUCCCUCUGCCUCCUGUGGGGAUUAAACAUAUCAGAAUCAAACUCAUAUUUUCUGCAGAUGUACAGGACAGGGUUGAAUGGCUGGCUGAUUUUGACCCCUCUGCAAUCAAAGUCCUUGCAGGUGUGUUUUUUGGCACUAUAAGAAUCAGUGCCAGGUGGUCCAGAACUUUACCCACAUGUCGUGGUGUCACUGCAGACAAAUAUGGCAGCAAGGUGUACACAAUAGACCUUCUCCAGGAAAAAUUUGAAUUUGUUGAUAUGGAUGCCACUAAUUUGGACGUGGAGAGGGAAAUGGGAGGAUUCCCUUAUGCUGUAGUUAGGGUGGAGUAUGAUGCACCAGGAUCAAGUAAUGGAAAUAGCAGAGUAUCUUUAGGUUGGUCAAGAAUUCCACUAUUCCAACAUAGCAGUCAGGACAGCCAGUCAUUGCCACAUUUGUGGGAGCUUCUGGAAGGAGAGUAUUCCUAUACUCUCUACUCUGGUCCAGUUUCAGAAAGUAUUCUUAAUGGUCAGCCAAGAACACCAUUGCCUUCUCAUCAAGAUCUGUUGGCUGAUAACUGUGAACUCUCUGCUAUGGUUUAUGAUCCGACAAUGGCAGUAGAUACUCCUGCAUCUAAGACUGGCACCCCCAUAACUAGAGAGCCCACUCCUCCAGGAUUUCAGCCUUGGGUGCCGUUUAACCCUCAUGCUGCUGAGAUAGACCCAGCACCCACUGGUCUCAAUGAACCCUUCACAUUGUUUAUAGAUGGAGUGAACUUUAUACCUGAUAAUGCUACCAUCAUCAAGGUCACAGGCAGGGUACUUAAAACUGGUAAUGUGACCAACAUUCCAGACAUCUUAGCCUUCCCAGCACUGACCAGUCCAGCAAGAUGUCCAAAGUUUAAGUUUGGCCUACAUGUCAAUGAAAAUGGGGAUGAGAUAGACCCCGGUGUGGUGGCAUUACUGAGAGUGUAUACAGUGGACACUGUCACUGGAGAACUAGUGGUCAUUGGGAGUUGUCUAGUUGGGAUAUUUGAUGAUCAGUCCCAGUUGUUGGUAGGGGGGCAGCAGCUGAGGCUGAGGUCUGGAAUGCCAGAUUUAAGGAGUGGUCUCGCUGGUCUCAAAGUUACUGACCUAGAUAACGCCCCUUGUGUGCCAGGUGCAUCUUUACUAAUCAGGAUUCUCCCUGGAUUGCAGGAUGACAGUGAUGCUCCUGACUACCAAACAGGAUACUACAGGUCAGAGAGCUGUGAACCAUACAUGUCAGAAGAGAGAAUAUUUGACAGCUACAUGAAAGACAAAAGUUUUGAUCGAAAUGUCAAUGACAUUGCCAGGUUGCUCCUGGAAAAGGAAGAGGAUGAAUUAGAAGAUAAUUCCACCAGAAGUUUGUCCGAGUGGAUAGAGAGUCGUCUUGAUAAUAAGGUCCAUCUGCCUCCAAAGCAGCCAGCCAAUAGCUUAGACUUGAUGCGGUGUGUCAAGUACAGAAUUAAUGUAGGGCUGUCAGUGAGGGUUUCACAGGCUUUUGGACUGCCAGAGGGUCUGUUUGUUGAAUGUUUUGGCUUGGUGGUACCUGGUGCCACCACUAAAGACAUGGAGCCCACCGAGGAAGGAUUUGGUCACCCUAACUAUAAAUUUGUCACCCUAACUCAUGACUAUGACAGUCUGCAGAAAGCACCUAUCUGGCUGGAUGAACCCAAGGUUGUUCAUCCCUACUAUGACCCCAACGCCAUCCUGCUGCUCCAAGUCUUCACUAUGAAUGCUGUAUACAAGCCGACAGCUGACCACAAGAGCCCAGGACAGGUGGUGGACAAAUCUGGGGGUCAGUUGAGCUUGGACAGUGUUCUUGGCUGGUCUGUGGUACAACUGUUUGAAGGAGGGUCAGUUUUGUGUGGUGAGCAUCAUGUACCACUAUUCAAAGGCAAGCCGCCACAAGAUUUACUGACCUUAUUUGAGGACAGCCCAGUGGAAGAGGUUCUGAAGCAGCAGAAAUGGAAUAACAGCAACAAAUAUCAAAGCAGCCAGUUAGUAAUCAGAAUGUGGGACGCACACUAUGAUAUUACAGAACACCCCCCAGUAUCACUUCAUGAAAACCUUCUAGAGGCAGUUGGUAAUAUAGAAGCCUAUCAAAAGGUAGCCGAUGACAAGAGGGGGAAAAUGAUAUCACAAAUGGUUGUUGACAGUCUAGAGAGGAAAUAUAAGAAACUUGGGACAAACAGUAGUGUGUAUGACACUGAAAGGCAAUUCUUUGAACAAGUGAUGAAUGAGACAUUUUAUAAUCUCAUUGAAAACACGUUAAUGGGGGCAGGUUAUGGACCACUGUAGCAAUUUGGAAUACCUGGGAUAACUGUGUGGUUUUCUGCAAACGACAGUGACCAAGAUCUUUUUGCACAAAGAAAAGAACUGAAGUUUUUUUUUUUUUUUUUUUUUUUUUUAAUUCACCCAUUGAGUCUUUUAUUAAUAUUGAGUGCUAUGACUUGUAGGAAAAUGUGAAUUUUAGCAUCCAUAUCCAUAUAUUAUGUCAUUUAUGUUAUAUAUAUUUAUUGAAUACCAAAAAUGCAACACUUGAAACUAUUAAGUGCUGCCUUUUCUUAAUUUUAUAAAAUUAUGUACCCAUAUUUCUGAUAUGAUAAAUGGAGGUUAAAAUCAAGUCUCUUCCACUACCAGCAAUGUAUGAUAAAUAAAAUAAAUUAUUCCAAACAGGACAACCUUUUCUAAUGAAGAAACUGGCUUAGGAUAUGCCUGUAUUUUGUUUUACAAUUCUUAUAGAAUCUGCAUUUUGAAAAAUUAAGUAGCCCACUUGUGUGAGAAUGAAGGCAGAAAGCCCUUAAUCUAAAUUGCAUUAUUUAAUCAUUUAAUGGACAUUAAAUGGGAGUUAAAAGAAA